AUGAAUGUGAUCGUCCGUGAGACAAACCGGUACCACCGUCAAAAACCAGCACCCAGGUCUUCUCAUAUAACGGACUGGGUAGACACCUCUGCCUCAGAACUUAGGAUCUUCAUCGACCUCAGAAUGGCCAUGAGGUUGAAUCCUAAGCCCGAGCAGAGGAGUUACUGGUUGACCGAUCUAUUCAACCUCAGUCCCUUGUUCCCAGUGACUAUGACGCAGGAUUGUUUUGAUCAGCUGAGGCGCUCCCUCCACAUGGUGGACAACGAGGGGAGUCAUCCUCCCGAUGACCGCCUGUGGAAGUUGCGGCCAGUUAUCGAAACUCUCCAGCGUCGGUUCUCGUCGGUCUAUACUCCUCCCAGGAAGAUUACGGUCGACGAGUUUCUCUGGAAAUUUCGGGGGCGCCUUGUAGCCGUGACCUUCAACCCCAGCAAGUGCUCACGCUUCAGGGUAAAGGUUUUUAAGCUCACUGUCAAUGAAGGCCAGCAAGGCUACAUAUGCGCCUUCGAAACUUACACGGGCAAGGACAGAGGCGACAUACCCGCAUCUCAGAGGGCUGUCAUCCACUUGAUGGGCACAGCGGGCUUAUUUGAAAAAGGGUAUGACUUAUAUACCGAUAAUUGGUAUACGUCCCCUACCCUUUUUCAUUGCCUGCAGAGCAGGGGCAUGAACGCGGUUGGCACAGUGCGUGCCACCCGCAAAUUCAUGCCUACUGAUCUGCAGGUAAAAGCCCGCGGAGAUGUGGACAGUCACAGCACGCCUACAGUCAUGUUGUGCCUGCAAUGGCGCGACAGGCGUGAAGUGACGUUGCUGUCGACUAUCCACAAAAGCGAGAUGGUCGCCACCGGGUCCCGCACAGGGUUUGAGAGGAUCAAACCCCAAGUAGUUGCAGACUACAACUGUGGGAUGAAGGGGGUCGAUACCAGUGAUCAGCUGGCUAUAUUGUACCCGAGCACUCGCAAGUCCCUCAAAUUCGUCAACACCUUCUCAUUGCACAAGGUGCUCGGAGGGCGAUUGACUCAGCUGAUCUUCAGGAAGAAGCUUGCAGAAGAUCUCAUGCAGCUGGGGUGUCACCGUGGUAGAGAGGUCAGGUCACGGUCCCGCUCCUGCUCUCCGCCCCCAGCUCGGGCUCUUCAGGGUAUUCAGUGA